CAGGCAUGCAUAAAAUGAUCACGUGAACCGUACCACGCGAAGCAAAUCCCCAAAUCGGUAAAGAACGCUUCAAGUCCAGAGUUAACAUGAACUAUGCCGUCACCAAUCCCCAUCACCCGUUUAUUGCCAAAGGAUUUUGGGCUCGAGUUUGGUGCAUGCAGCAGCCCACUAACCAAAUCAACAAGUGGAUGUACCUUGCGCGUCCCCACAAGCACGUUUCAUGGUAAAAUCGCUCACAGACUGUGGUCCUCCGUGAUCAAUUGGCGUGAGCUGCAGUCUAUGGAGGCUAUCGGCAGCGGUGGAUUCGGCAUGGUGUUCAAAAGCAAGUAUUUUGGAGAUACCGUGGCUGUAAAGAAAGUGAGGUGUGUGAAAAACAAACUGGCCUCGAGGCAAAGUUUUUGGGCGGAACUAAACGCCGCGCACCUGCAACAUAAAAACAUUGUGCGCGUGAUUGCGGCCACCACGUGCGCUCCGGCGAAUCUAAACAAUAAAGACAACAUCGGGACGAUUAUAAUGGAGUUCGCGGGCACUAAAAACCUGCAACAGAUUAUAUAUGGACUCACUGAUCUGUUGCCAAUGGACACGUGUAUUCGGUAUUCAACGGACAUCGCGCGCGCCCUCCAGCACCUGCACGUGCACGGCAUAGUCCACCUGGAUUUAAAACCCGCCAAUGUUUUAGUGUCAGACGAGGGUGUUUGCAAACUUGCAGACUUUGGAUGUUCUUUUAAAGUGACGAGCAAAAGCGACACAGUGACGCAUUUGAGUGAAAUCGGAGGGACGUACACGCAUCGCGCGCCCGAGCUGCUGAAAGGUGAGGAGGUUUCUCCGCGCGUGGACGUUUAUUCUUUUGGUAUCACUAUGUGGCAGCUUCUCACCCGAGAGCCGCCGUAUGAUGGAGACCGACAGUAUAUACUGUACGCUGUUGUGGCUUAUAAUCUGCGCCCUGAUCUUACCAGGGACGUUUUUAUACAGUCAUCUGUUGGACAGGCAUGUCAGAAUCUGAUUAGCAGGUGUUGGGACGGUGACCCCAAAAUCCGACCCACAGCAGAUCAAAUAAUCACUGAACUUUCUUUGAUCUUAUAAAUAUGAAUUCCGUUUAUCUAUUCUUAGUUAAUAUAUUAAGUGGUUUAACCUAAGAUGUAUUUUUAUUGUAAAAAUGACAUUUUGUUAGUUUAAAUAUUGUACAUGUGUUUUUUUAUUUGUGUAACAAGUUUUAAAAUAUAAAUUAAAAAAUGUUUAAUGCUUUAAUUAAAAAUU